AUGUCCUCUCAAUCCACCACAGCCAUGGAUGGAGAAUUCAAGCGCCUUAAAAGUAUCCAGAUGAAUACGCUGGACAAGAACAUUAUGGCUUUCCUCGAAGCAACGCACAAGUCGGUCCGAUCCCAGGGCAUAUGCAACCCAAGAGGCCCCUUUAAGAGGUCCCUGACUCGUUACGUCGCUAUGGGGGACUGUACUGAGCUUCUCUUACAACUUCUGGAGAUAUACGCCCCAAUAGACGACCACGAUAAAAACAAACGUACCCCUCUCUCCUGGGCUGCUCAAUACGGCUCUUACAACGCAACGAAAAUUCUGGUGGAAAACGGAGCCAAAGCCAAUGCUCUCGACAAUAUGUACCGGACACCAUUGUCGUGGCUGGAAUACGCUGGGCAUCCUGAUUGCAAAGGCCUCCCAGUUACCAAAGCAUAUCUCAAAAAGAAUGGGGCAACCAUGAAAGGUGCCAAAAGGGAUUGGAUUUUGCAAAAGCUUGGACUUCUCUAA